AUGACUGCUGCUGCCGCCGCCUCGGGCCUGGUGGCGCUGCGUUUGCACGAUCCGCCUAGGCUGCAAGAUCUCCCUGCGGCAAUAUGGGCCAUUAUUUUCUCCCUGCUCGACUCGGCGCAAACGGUGGCACGAAUCGCAUUGACGUGCAAGAAACUCAACGCCGUGGCUCAGGCGCAAGGCUGGCCUUGCUUUGUCCGGAGCCGAUUUGCGAGCCUCAAGCUUCCAAAGGCACUCGGCGACAAAGAAUGGGCUGAGCUGGCCAGCAAGUUGACUGCACAAUCGCGCGCCUGGGACCGCCGCGCCUUUUCCAUAACAUCAGUGGUGCCUCCUGUUCAACCCGGAGGAGACAAUGGACGCGCUUUUCGAAGUCGGGGACGGGGACGAGGGCGAGGGCGAGGACGAGGGCGCGGUGAUGCUCAAUCUAGGAUGCAGACAUUCCCGGCACACGUUGUCGUCGAUGCGAGUUCCAAAGUUGAUGGGCAAAAAGAAGAGGAGACGGUCGCCUGGGGCCUCGGCGAGGACAUUGUCUUUCGAUGGCGAAAGUCACACAACUCUGCUCUCCAAGGUGAAACUUGGAUAUCACUCCCUGGCGUCGAGGCUGGUUUUAAGAGCGGUGAUGACGAUGUGACGGCCAUUUCGAUUCUGCGAGACACUGCGCCCCAGCCUGGCCUCCUUGUUGGCCGAGCAAGCGGCUACUUGCAGCUCAUUUCCACAGGACGCGGCGACGUGGGACGGCUCCUCGCUUGGUUCCAUCCGAUGCGUGGAGGCGUAGAUCAACAUGACAUACAGCACUUUGAUACCGACGAAUCGCAAAAUGCCAUGGUCGUUGCUACAAAGGAAAACGUCUUAUUCUACUCUUUAGUGCCCAAUAGCUGGCCGGCUGCAGAUAUGGCCAAUGGCACCCCAGACAUCGUCGUUGAGCCUACAGAGGCUAUCAGUGUUAAGAGGAUGCCCAACUCUCAAGAGUUUAGAUUCCUGCGUGAGGCAAAAUACAUGAGCAACGGGGAUAUUGCACUGUGUAUGGCCAGCAGCGCACAGCCCCUGCGCUACUUGACGAGGACACCCUCGGGCACCGUGUUGGCCAAUGCCGCCAAACUGCGUCCCUCGAAGCGUUGCGUUGAGUCGCAUAUCUUUAACGGCAACCUUCCGCAGACUGCUCGGAGUGUGCUGCCGGUUAAUACUUCGUCAGCUGUUGGUGGCUCUGGCAACACUGUCUUGAGCUCUUACGAUGAUGGCACCGUUCGGCUGCAGGAUCUUCGGAGCCAUUCCCCCAUUGACGCCAUCUUCCAAGACCAUUUUGAGAUGACGGCCCCCCUCGGCCCGCUUCUGUCCUAUGGAACGGAUAGAUUUAUUGUUGGGAGCGCCCGCCUGCCUAUUCUGAAACUAUUUGACUUCCGAUGGACGCGGCCUUACUCCUACACAGACGCUCUCGAUUGCAGCAAAACCGAGCUCGGCCCAACACCAAAGACGCUCACUGGAAUCCCAGCCCCGAGGUCUUCAGCUUAUGCAAAAUGCUGCCAUCUAUCGGGACACCAGUGCGCCCUUCACUCCCUGGCUCGGACCGACUUUUACAGGCCAAACUGCAACUUGUAUCUCCCCGUUGUGUAUCCCGCCGUGACGCCACUGUAUUCGCUGGCCAAAUCGUCUGACAUGGCGUCGACCAUCUACGCGGGCGUCACCGGCGAGCUCUUGAAAAUAAGCCUCAGAGACGCUGCGGCCGAUGAGCGGGAGGAUUUCUGUAUGGAGCGGAUGGGGAGCAACAAUCGCUGCGGUUAUAGCUUUCGCAGGAGCCUUGCCAACUUGGUAGAAACGGGCGAUGGAAUUGCGCUGAGCGACAUUUCCAAGAGCAAGAGGCUUCCUCUUCUGUUCAAGCAGAAUCCUGAGCUGUUGUCUGCCGCUGCUACAGGAGAGCUCCGUCGGCUUGAUCACGCUUUGUGCUAG